AACGUCAUCACUCCGUCCAGGGCGCCGACUCUGCGCUCUGUCGCGCACGCGCACUAUGCCCUCAUGCCUUGCGCGAGGCGGCGGCUGUGCACCGCCAUCUUGGCCGGUGGCGGUAAGAACACGCUGUGUGCUAAGACCUGACGGCUAGCGCUGCUUUGGCUACUGCACGCCCCGCUGUAAGGGGCCCGCUGUCUCCAGAAGAACUGGAUAUUCUUUGUUACAAUUAUGGCAGACAAAUUAACAAGAAUUGCUAUUGUCAACCACGACAAAUGCAAACCUAAGAAAUGUCGGCAGGAGUGCAAAAAGAGUUGCCCUGUGGUUCGGAUGGGAAAAUUGUGCAUAGAAGUUACACCCCAGAGCAAAAUAGCAUGGAUUUCUGAAACUCUUUGUAUUGGUUGUGGUAUUUGUAUUAAGAAAUGUCCCUUUGGCGCCUUAUCAAUUGUCAAUUUGCCAAGCAACUUGGAAAAAGAAACAACACAUCGCUAUUGUGCCAAUGCCUUCAAGCUUCACAGGUUGCCUAUCCCUCGUCCGGGUGAAGUUUUGGGAUUAGUUGGAACUAAUGGUAUUGGAAAGUCAACUGCACUAAAAAUUUUAGCAGGAAAACAAAAGCCAAACCUUGGAAAGUAUGAUGAUCCACCUGAUUGGCAAGAGAUUUUGACUUAUUUCCGUGGAUCUGAAUUACAAAAUUACUUUACCAAGAUUCUCGAAGAUGACUUAAAAGCCAUUAUCAAACCUCAAUAUGUAGACCAAAUUCCCAAGGCUGCAAAGGGGACAGUGGGCUCUAUUCUGGACCGAAAAGAUGAAACAAAGACACAGGCAAUUGUCUGUCAGCAGCUUGAUUUAACUCACCUUAAAGAACGAAAUGUCGAAGAUCUUUCAGGAGGAGAGUUGCAGAGAUUUGCUUGUGCUGUCGUUUGCAUACAAAAAGCUGAUAUUUUUAUGUUUGAUGAACCUUCUAGUUAUCUCGAUGUCAAGCAACGUUUAAAGGCUGCCAUUACUAUUCGAUCUCUAAUAAAUCCAGAUAGAUAUAUCAUUGUGGUGGAGCAUGAUCUGAGUGUACUAGACUAUCUCUCUGACUUCAUCUGCUGUCUCUAUGGCGUACCGAGUGCUUAUGGUGUUGUCACGAUGCCUUUUAGUGUAAGAGAAGGCAUAAAUAUAUUUUUGGAUGGCUAUGUUCCAACAGAGAACUUGAGAUUCAGGGAUGCGUCGCUUGUUUUUAAAGUAGCUGAGACAGCAAAUGAAGAAGAAGUUAAAAAGAUGUGCAUGUAUAAAUAUCCCGGGAUGAAGAAAAAGAUGGGAGAGUUUGAGCUAGCAAUUGUAGCUGGAGAGUUCACCGACUCUGAGAUCAUGGUGAUGCUGGGGGAAAAUGGUACAGGUAAAACUACAUUUAUCAGAAUGCUUGCGGGAAGGCUGAAACCAGAUGAAGGAGGAGAAGUGCCAGUUCUAAAUGUCAGUUAUAAGCCACAGAAAAUCAGCCCCAAAUCAACAGGAAGUGUUCGCCAGUUACUGCAUGAAAAGAUCAGAGAUGCUUAUACGCAUCCGCAGUUUGUGACCGAUGUAAUGAAGCCCCUACAGAUUGAAAACAUCAUUGACCAAGAGGUACAGACAUUGUCUGGUGGUGAACUUCAGCGAGUGGCUUUAGCUCUUUGUUUGGGCAAACCUGCUGACGUCUAUUUAAUUGAUGAACCUUCUGCAUAUUUGGAUUCUGAGCAAAGAUUAAUGGCAGCUCGGGUCGUCAAACGUUUCAUUCUCCAUGCAAAGAAGACAGCCUUUGUUGUAGAACAUGACUUCAUCAUGGCCACCUACCUAGCAGAUCGAGUCAUCGUUUUUGAUGGUGUUCCAUCAAAGAACACAGUUGCAAACAGUCCUCAGACUCUUUUGGCUGGCAUGAACAAAUUUUUGUCUCAGCUCGAAAUUACAUUCAGAAGAGACCCCAACAACUACAGGCCACGAAUAAAUAAGCUCAAUUCAAUCAAGGAUGUAGAACAAAAGAAGAGUGGAAACUACUUUUUCUUGGAUGAUUAGAUUGAAUCUGAACUUAUAAGCCAUUUACUUACUGGGAUUUUUAUCAUAUAAAACUUUAAUCAGGUUUUAUGGCCCCACAUACUCUGGAGCUUGAAGUAUGAUUUUCUUAAUGCGACAUCAAAAAGCCAGUUGUCUUGUAAAUUGUUGUUUAAGAACUAUUUUGUUCUUAAGAUUAAACCUGUGCAUACUACAUGAACAUGGAGACAUUUCAGAUAUAUCAAUUACCUCCAGACUUUCACAAUCUAUGGGGAGAUUUUCAGUUGUAUAUUAUAUUCAUGUACCAAAGGCUAAUCUUGGAUAAAAUCUGUACUUACCUGUUUGCUAAGUGUAAUGGAACUGCCCCCUUCUAAAAAGCCAGUCACAGACUUGCUGCCAAAGUCUGAUACAUAAGCAUCAGGGCUAUAUUUGCUACUUGUGUUCAGUGUGUGCUUCCAAGGAACAGUGUCUGCUACAAACACCAUUGUUGGAAGAUGUUUAUGACCAACUUAUGCAUUGUUUUUAAUGAGUUUUUGGUGCUUUUGAACAUCUGUCAAAAUUUAUUUCAGUGCCCUAAUUUAACUUUUUUUUUUUUUAGUUCUUACAUUCUAUAAUAACCUUUCACAGUAAUGUUACUUUUAUAAAUAUAUAAUCACUGAUCAAGAUUAGGGAGGAGGCACUUCUGAAGAAUAUUUGCUUCCUGUAAGACUAUAAGCGUGGGCUGGGGAGAUGGUUCAGUCAGUAAGUACACGCUGCACACCCAUGAGGACCAUAUUUGAGACUUUAGUAGGAAUCUGUAAUACCAAUGCUGCGAAGUGAAGUCCAGCAGAUCCCUAAAGCCCACUGGCCUGCCAGCCUGACACAGUCUAUGAGCGACUUCAGUACAAGGUCCUGUCUUAAACGCUAAGUGGACAGUAAUUGAGGAAGACACUCUGGCACCAACACACACACAACAAAACCCUACAGAUAGAAUCUUUAUAGGUGGUGCCUAAGUAUCUGGAUUUUAGGGUUUUGGUUUUAAUUUUGUUUUGAGACAGCUUGUCCUAUAGCCCAAGCUGGCCUCAAAUUAGGUAUCCAAGGACAACCUUGAAUUUCUCGGCCCACUCCCUAGGCUUGGAUUACACAGUGCUGAGGAUCAAACCCAGGGCUUUGUGUGUGCUCGGCAAGCACUCUAACAACUGAGCUACAUCCCCAGCCCUACAUACUUAGACUACAGAUUCUUCUGUUGAGCAACCAAGGACAACCUUAAACAACUCCUCCAGGGAGUGCAGGGGAAAUAGCAAUACAGAGUAUCCAUUGCUGCAGUGCAUACUCAUUUGUAGGUUUGGAUACAAAGGACAUUAUCCACAUCUUACUAAUAUGCCAAACUGGAAUUAUGAGGAAGGUGGAUUACAAUGAACAGGGCAGGCAGAACAGGAAAAUUAAAAAGUAUUUGACAAGACUUUAGAACUUUUAAAUAAUAGAUCUUGAUUAAUUUGCAAAAAAUGAUAGAAAGUUUGUUUUGACUGAAACCCAUUAGGCCUUCUAAAAAUGAAUUUAUAUAAUUCAUAAAUAUCUGUUGUAAAGGAACGCAAAUAUGCCGAAGUAUAUGGAAUAAAAUCUCCCUUUAUCAGUUUCUGAGCUUA